CUGAUCUUUGUUUAGUUUUACACUAAAGACAAUGUGGGUGAUUGAGGCAACUUGUGAGUUUAGUGUUAGGUAAAACCUUCAGCAUAGCAAACUGAUCGGCUGAUCACUCACUUGUCGGUUAGCGAUAAGUAACUGACUUUCAAAAGUAAUUGUAUCCUCUUCAGCAUAAUGAAUAGCUGUAUCUCUGUAGGAAACUGCUGUUCUGUAUAAUAAACGUUUUCAGAACUAGCUCUCAUUGUAUAAUAUACAAAGCUGCUGGAUCGUGUUGUCAAAAACUUCUGUUUCCUGUUUUAUUUCAGUAUGAGAUGAAAAAGAAUCCAACCAUGUUUUGGAAAGCAUUUUUUGCAGUGUUAAUUCACGCUUCACACGAGUAUCCGCUGACUACAAAUCGACCUUCAGUUUCACGCAGGUUUCCAUUAACCACAAAUCGACCAUCACUGCCAAGAACAAUCUCAGCAAUGGUACAUCAAACUCCUUCAGCAUUACCUGUUAGACCAACAACUAGACCUCGUUCCAGUCUUCCAAUCAGAUCUUCAACCAGGCACAUGACCACACCUCGUCAAAAACCAACAACCGGUGCUCCUACACCUCGGUUAUACUCUACAGGGCAUGCAAAUCCGGUUCAACCUCAACAACUAACAUUUGAUGUUCCAGCAACGCCUAAAAAGCAUCCACAUCCAAUUCAUCCGGUGCAUCAUGUUCAUCCGGUGCACCACGUUCAUCCGCCGCACGAUCCAAUAAUAGUCGGUCCCACUCCUUUACCGGUUAAACAAGGUCCAGAUCCGGUGCGUCCGGAAAUACCGUGUUGUCAUCCGCAUGUUGUUCAUGAGCCGGUUCCUCCUAAAGAACCGGUAAUGUUAGACGUUCCAUGUUGUUGUGAUUGUUGUUGUGAUAAUUGUAAUGAUUGUAAUGGUUGCAAGAACUGCACACCGUGUAUAAACUGUCCGUGGUCAGACUGGACAUGUAACUGUUGUCCGUGUUCAAACUGUCCACAAAAUAACUGUUGCAGUUCCUGUCAAACUACCAAUCAAAAUUGUUGCAACUCGUGUAUGAACUGUCAACAACCACCUUGUUGUCAACAAACACUACAAAAGAGUGGCGCAACGCCACCAAAUACAGUGACUGCAAAAUUACCGGCACCGAUAGUACCAAUGCCAUCUAUACCACCGAUGCCUCCUUAUCCGGAGUUUAGAAAUUUUUAAUAGCUUUUUUUUAUCACGCUUGUAAAUAUCAUGUACAGAUGAAUCGUUAUGACUAAUAGGUACUUGAUAGGAAUAUAAUAUAUUUAUUCUUUAAACUGGAUCUUUUUCGGGUGUAUUAGUUAAAUUUAACCUGUCUUUAAUUUUCUUUCAUAUUCUGUGAACAGAUUCUAGCCUUGUUAAAUGAUUUUUUUUUUCGCGGAGAAUUAGGCAAAUUGACCAUGAAAGGUAACCUCGUCCCAAGAGUUUUUGUCUCCCCAGCGCUGCUCUUAUUGACGUGUUCAUCUCGUCACAUAUACAAAAAGAGACAACGGGCCCUUUUUUUGCGCAGAUCUAUGGUUAUGUAAGCAGUCAUGUUUGUACAGCGUUUAUGUUUCCACAAUAUUGUACCCAAGGCUUUUUCACUUUUUGUUGGUGCAAAAAUAGUAGCAGAUUUGUGUUGAAAGUGACUGUUUUGUAUUUAAAUUCCUAUACGAACGAGAGUGACAAAAAAAGGUCUAAUUUUCCCAAUUUGCAAUUUCGUUCCUAGGGCAUCUUGUGUCUUUCCUGUCAUAGGGACGCAGUUGGAAGCAACAGGCUGGUACUAGCCGAAAUAAAUGAGGCACAACCACUUUACCUCAAUUUUUUUGUAUCUGUAGAAAAACAGAAGGUGCCAGGCCUGGUGAACAAGCGGAAUAAAAAACAGAGACUUUCAAAUUAACGUUUCCCUUUGAUAAUUACGUCAUUUCCUUCUGUACAAUCUUGCAAGCACACUAAUUAAUUAUUCAUGAAUUUUGAUUUAAAGAGGAAUUGCUGAGGCAGAGAUAAGGAAAUGUAAGUUCUGGCACAUCACGCGCACGCCCCCAGUCUAACACAACAAGCCCCCGAUCAUCCAAUACAAGUCCUAUCAUGCUGUGCUUAGUCAUUCAUAUUAAGGUAAAGUCUUUACCAUGCAGUGUUUAGUCAUGAAUAUCAAGGUAGCACUCCAACACAAAAAGCCCCUACUAAGGCUUAUUCUCAAGCGGAGAAUUUAGGUAUUGCUUACAUACUGUACAGACUGAAGUUAUUUUAAGACGUCAUUUCUGCUUUCUUCCCUCCCUGAGCUCGCGUUCGUUAAUGG